CUCGUACGCUCCAACUGUCGUCGCUGUCGCAACCCAAAAUAAUAAACUCAGUACCUACGAACUCUACCUGUGGUCCUCAUUAGUCUACAUCGCGCCACCUUAGCACGGUCUACACCCCCAAAACUUUUCCGCGAUCCUGGCCUAUCUGUCUCGCCAGUAGUCGAGCCUUUCUCCAUCCUACCGGCAGGGACACCGAUUUGCACGAUCGUCGUUCGAAAGGCCAGCGCCGGAGCUUUGUCCACACCGCUAGCUGUCCAGAUAAUUUGUCAGUCCACACAGUUGGCAGUCUCUACCUCAGGUUCAGCUUGCCGCGAAGCGAAUAGCGACUCGUUCCGAGGAUUCCCUGGCGCAGAAAGCUCCAUAGUUAAUUACUAUAGCAAGGUGCUCAGGCGACUCUGACGUGGUCUCCUGCCAGCAGAGCAGCCGGACACGACAUUCAACUUUAACAUCUAGCGCGCGCGCUUUCUAAAUAGCUUAAAUCAUGUCAUCGACAUCUCCCUCCAAGGAACCCGAAGCGGAAACUGAGCAACUAUCCGGAGAAGAUCAGGAACACAUGGAAAGGGAACACCAAGAAACGCAGGCGCAAGGCCAGGGCGAGUUUGAGGUGAAGGAGCAGGACCGUUGGCUACCAAUUGCAAAUGUGGCACGCAUUAUGAAACUGGCUUUGCCAGAGAAUGCAAAGAUCGCAAAGGAAGCAAAAGAGUGUAUGCAGGAAUGCGUGAGCGAAUUCAUUUCAUUCAUUACCAGUGAAGCAUCCGAGAAAUGCCAGCAGGAGAAGAGGAAGACUGUCAACGGAGAGGACAUCCUGUUUGCGAUGACAUCUCUAGGCUUUGAGAACUACGCAGAGGCGCUCAAGAUUUAUCUCUCCAAGUAUCGCGAGACUCAGUCGGCAAGGGGAGAAAACCAGAAUCGGCCUACGAGUAGCUACAGCUCUGGCGGGACUGUCGGUGGUCCCGUUGGCGCAGCACAAGCUGCGCGAGUAGGUGUGCCAAACACAUCCGGUGGGUUUGCAGAAGCAGCGGACACUGGCAGCAACCUCAUCAACCCAGGCUUGGAUCCCACAGAACAAGACACGUCUGCGUACGGCUACCCGCCCAUGGUCGGCCAAGGCCACAAUGGUGCAGGUGGCGAAUCUUAUUAGUUGGACCUGCUGUACAGAAGGACUCGUGUCUAAGUUCUGUUUUCUUACCGACAGACCCUAGAUCUUCAGGACAAACGCUUGGCAGAGGGGUCAUUCUCCCUAACAAGGCAAGCAGCUAGUGACAGGUCUCCACAUUUCUUUUUCAUUCUCGCGGACGUAACCCUUGAGGGCACAAUUCACAACAUGUUUAUCUACGGGCCUCGGGGUUAGAUUUAGCCUACGCGCAUAUUCCCGCUCUGUGAGGCAGAUGCUGUACCGUGUCCGAAGUGGCCGGCGGAUGUACGUGACCAGAAAGGGAAGGGAUGUGAGAAGAAUACAACAGAUGGGUGGAGUGGUUGGCGUUUUAUUUUUAUUACUAUUUAUUUUUCAUAUACUUUUUAUUUAUUUUUUGCUUAAAAAAAGAAAUUAUUUUUUGCUGUCCAUUAUUUUGCC